AUGUCUGUGGUGGGACUAUCGCCCUCUGAUCUCGUCAAUGGACUGCGGGCGGCGAAGACAAUCCUCGAGGCAGUCAAGGAAGAGGGUGGAUCCAAGGAGAAAAUUGUCACCGCGUUGAUGAGCAUCGAACAUGACCUCGAAGCCAUCAAAAAUCUCGAGGGCGUCUUAGAUACAGUGCCAGAUGAAUUAUCAGCAACGACAGUGGACAUUCGCAAUCGAGUGAGGAGCCUGCGCGAAUUUCAAGAAAAUCGACGAGCUCGACUUUUGAAGCAUAAGAAUGCUUUGGUCAGCGGUACCACCUUCAAGGCAAAAGCGAAAAGUGCCUAUACACAGGUUGUAUGGCCAUUCAGUGGCGAGAAGGAUUUCCAAGAAUCAUGUACACGCACCGCAGCCGCUCUCGAUGCAACGCAUCUAGAUGCCAUUAUGUCAGGCACCAUCACUCCUCAUAAGACGCUGUGCUGA